CCAUUCCUACCUUUCCUUGCAGUUCUCCAUCUUCUUCAUCUCUUUAAGAUUGCCUCUUCGAAAUGGGGUCCGUCUUUCUCAGCACCCUUUUCUUCUCUGUGGUUACGGUCCAGGCCUAUCUGGCCUCCGAGCAGAUUGAUGUCCAGUCCAGCCUUCUCACCGACCCCAGCAAGGUCGCUGGAAAGACCGUUGAUUACAUUAUUGCUGGUGGUGGCUUGACUGGCCUGACUGUUGCCGCCAAACUGACGGAGAACCCUAAGAUCAAAGUCCUAGUCAUCGAAAAGGGCUUCUAUGAGUCCAACGAUGGACCAAUUAUCGAGGAUCCAAACGCCUACGGCCAAAUAUUCGGCACCACUGUUGACCAAAACUACCUCACCGUUCCCCUGAUCAACAACCGUACUAACAAUAUCAAGUCCGGCAGGGGCCUCGGAGGAUCAACCUUGAUAAAUGGUGACUCCUGGACGCGCCCAGACAAGGUCCAGAUUGACUCCUGGGAAAAGGUUUUUGGCAUGGAGGGCUGGAACUGGGACAACAUGUUCCAGUACAUGAAGAUGGCUGAGGUCUCACGUCCUCCUAAUGCUGCCCAAAUUGCUGCCGGUCACUACUUCAAUGCUACCUGUCAUGGAUUCAACGGUACCGUCCACGCCGGACCUCGUGACAAUGGUCAGCCUUGGUCUCCUAUUAUGAAGGCCCUUAUAAACACUACGUCAGCCCUUGGUGUUCCCGUUCAGCAAGACUUUCUCUGUGGUCACCCUCGCGGUGUCUCUAUGAUCCUUAACAAUGUUGAUGAAAACCAAGUUCGUGCUGAUGCUGCCCGUGAAUGGCUGCUUCCCAACUACCAGCGCCCCAACUUGAAGAUCUUAACUGGCCAGAUGGUCGGAAAGAUUCUCUUUAAUCAGACCGCUUCCGGUCCUAAGGCUGUUGGUGUAAAUUUCGGUACUAAUAAGGCCGUAAACUUUAAUGUUUAUACCAGACACGAGGUCCUAUUAGCUGCUGGCUCCGCUAUCUCUCCGCUGAUCUUAGAAUAUUCUGGCAUUGGUUUGAAGUCUGUCCUUGACCAGGCCAAUGUUACUCAGCUUGUUGAGCUUCCUGUUGGUCUUAAUAUGCAGGAUCAGACCACUACCACCGUCAGUUCCCACGCUAAUGCCGCCGGUGCUGGCCAGGGUCAGGCUGUCUUCUUUGCCAACUUCACUGAGACCUUUGGUGACUACGCCCCUCAGGCUAAAGAGUUGCUCAAUACCAAGCUCGAUCAGUGGGCUGAGGAGACUGUUGCGCGCGGUGGAUUUCACAAUGCAACUGCUCUCAAAGUUCAGUAUGAGAACUACCGUAACUGGCUUCUGAACGAGGACGUUGCCUUCGCCGAGCUUUUCAUGGAUACUGAGGGCAAGAUUAACUUCGAUUUGUGGGAUCUGAUUCCUUUCACACGCGGUUCAGUCCAUAUUCUCAGUAGCGACCCCUACCUAUGGCAAUACGCAAAUGAUCCCAAGUUCUUCAUGAAUGAGCUGGACCUCCUUGGUCAGGCUGCUGCUUCCAAGCUUGCACGUGAUCUCUCUAACAAAGGCGCUAUGAAGAACUACUUCGCUGGGGAGAUCAUUCCUGGCUACAACUUGGCUGAGAACGCUACGCUUUCCCAGUGGACGGACUAUGUCUUACAGAACUUCCGUGCCAACUGGCAUGCUGUGAGCAGCUGUUCCAUGAUGUCUAGAGAGCUUGGUGGUGUUGUCGAUGCCACCGCGAAGGUGUACGGUACACAGGGCCUACGUGUCAUUGACGGCUCUAUCCCUCCUACUCAGGUCUCUUCUCAUGUCAUGACCAUUUUCUACGGCAUGGCUUUGAAGAUUGCUGAUGCAAUCCUGGCAGACUAUGCCAAAAAGCCCUAAUGGGUGGAAACGACCAGAUAUAUAGUUCAUAAGGGCGUGGUCACUGGCGAACCUGCUCGGGUGGAAUCCAACCCCCCAACUUCUGGUCUUCAUCUGUCGUAUUAGUUAGAUUCUCUAAGAUGUAGAUGAUUUAGAUAUAUUGCUUAUAGACAAGGGGAGAUAAUCUCUUAGUGCUUAUUGAGUUGAACCUAUA